CUUCCUCUUUUUCGGUGGGGGAAUGUGGAGCGGGGCCUCUCCACUGUUAGCCCCUUUGCAGGCGCUGCGCCGCGCAAGCCCAGGAAAUCCCCUUCUUCUCAUCAGCUCCUCUUGUGAAACAAUGUGGUCACCUAGGGACUGUGGCGUUCUGCAGUACCCCUGAAAACGUCCCAUCGAUUGUGUUGGUCAACGCUUCUUCGUCGUGGUUGCGUGUGUUCUGGCCUUUUCCAAAUAAAUCCAAACGAGAUUGCAUCCAGGGUUUGGGAGGAGGCCAUCAUGAGACACAAAAUGGUGCCCGAGAAGGGAAAAAGCCCAAAUGUAGAUUUCCAGGACCGGGCUACACCAGAGCUACAAGAAAGGGGACAGCUGGAGGAGCAAGGUCAAGCAGGCCUUGAAUCGAGAGCUGGAUUGGAGAGGCCGAGGAGAACCUCUCCGGAUCCUGAGGCAGGGAAUCAUCAGGCUUCUGUGAAAAGGGAAGGGCCGGAACCUGGGUCGAACGAACCCGGGGACAGGCGGUUGAAAUACUUAGACCCCCGUGCGGCUUUGAAGGCCGCACAGUCUCGCAACUCUGGGUGGGGAAACCCGGAGCAGCCGGAGUCUGAGCCGUGGGAGAACGCCAAGGCUUGCUUGGCGUCGCUGGAGGGCGCGGCCCAAGCGUACCGGAAGUUCAAAGGGCUGCCGGACCUCAGCAGGGGAAGCCCAGGGGACUGCAGAAGGCACGAGGUGCCCAGGAUGGAGGAGAUCCUGAGGGAUGACUCGGUUGCCAUGGACGUGCAGCAGACGCUCUUCCGGGAGUUCCGUUACCAGGAGGCCGAGGGGCCCCGGGAGGCCUGCAGCCGCCUCUGGUACCUGUGCCACCGGUGGCUGAAGCCGGAGAGGCACACCAAGGAGCAGAUCCUGGAGCUGGUGAUCCUGGAGCAGUUCCUGGCCAUCUUGCCCUCGGAGCUCCAGAGCUGGGUGAAGGCCAGCUGCCCUCAGACCUGCGACCAGGCAGUGGCCCUGGCCGAGGAUUUCCUGCCGCGCCAGCAAAAGACGGGGUGUCUAGACCGAGAGGGGCCAGGAUUGAUCCCGGAGAUGGCCUUGAGUUUCCCCGAAGCUGAGCAGCCUCCGUCGGUUCCAGGAGAGAAGCAGCGUUGCUCUGAGAUCAAGCAGGAGCGUGACGGCGACAUCGAGUCGGAGGGGGAUGAGUGGGUGUUUGAGACCAGGCAAGAGGACCCUCAGCUGGAAGAUCCUGAGCCGGUGAAGCUCCGUGGAACCUCCUGGGGACGUCUCCCCUGGCCCCGAGAGGGCGGAGAACCUUCUGCAAGUUGCGCCAAUGACAGAUCAGAGAGGGAAAACUGCCAGGAGCAGAGAGUGGCCGACCCAUUUCCUCCUGCAGAAGAGGGUGGGGAAAUCAGCCAACCCAUCGUCGUCAAGAGGAGGCGUAGAAGCCGGGGAAAGAAGACCUGUGGCGUGUGCGGGAAGACCUUCAGCCGGAGCACGGUGCUGGCCGCACAUCAGAGGACCCACACUGGGGAGAAGCCAUUUAUGUGCCAGAGCUGUGGGAAAUGUUUCAGCUUCAAGUCCACCCUGGUGGCCCACGAGAGGACCCACACGGGGGAGAGACCCUACACCUGCGACCAGUGUGGGAAGAGCUUCACUGUCAGCUCGGUCCUCACUCGGCACUACCGGGUCCACGUCGAAAAGGAGCUGUUCAACUGCUCCGAGUGUGACAAGAACUUCACCCAGAAGUCACAGCUGCUCAACCACCAGAAAAUCCAUGUGCGGGAGAAGCCCUUCAAGUGUGCACAGUGCGGAGAGGGCUUCAGCCGGAGCUCCAGCCUCAAGAAGCAUGAGGGCUCCCAUACAGGCGAGAAGCCCUUCAAGUGCCCUGAUUGUGAGAAGUCCUUCAACACAUCCUCCCAGCUGGUCAAGCACCACCGGGUCCACACGGGUGAGAGGCCGUAUACCUGCUCGGAGUGUGGCAAAAGCUUCAGCCACCGGACCACGGUGCUCGUUGCACAUCAGAGAACCCACACCGGGGAGAAGCCGUUCAUGUGCAAAGAUUGUGGGAAGUGCUUCAGCCUGAAAUCCACCCUGGUGGCCCACGAGAGGACCCACACGGGGGAGCGGCCCUACACUUGCUCGCAGUGCGGGAAGAGCUUCACCGUCAGCUCCGACCUCACGCGGCACUACCGGAUCCACAUCGGAGAGAAGCCGUUCAACUGCUUGGAGUGCGGCAAGAGCUUCAGCCGGAAGACGCAGCUGCUCAACCACCACAAAGUCCACACCAGGGAGAAGCCGUACAAAUGCUCACAGUGCGGGGAGACCUUCAGCCGGAGCUCCAGCCUCAUGAUCCACGAGGGUUCCCACACGGGGGAGAAGCCCUUCAAGUGCCCGGACUGCGACAAAUCCUUCAACACGUCUUCCCAGCUGGUCAAGCACCACCGGGUCCACACGGGGGAGAGGCCGUACACCUGCUCGGAGUGCGGCAAGAGCUUCAGCCAGCGACAGAUCCUGAUGGUGCACCAGAGAAUCCACACGGGCGAGAAGCCCUUCAAGUGCGCCACCUGCGGGAAAUGCUUCUGCGACCGGGCCGUCCUCAUCCGGCAUCAGAAGGUCCACACGGGGGAGCGGCCGCACCAGUGCGCCACCUGCGGCAAGAGCUUUUCCCACCGCGCCGUCCUCGUUCGACAUCAGAAGAUCCACACCAGGGAAGCUUUCAACAUCCUGACGCUGGAGGAGGAGCUCCCGCCCAGUGAAGCCUCGUAAAAGCUCAGACCAAUAUUGCCUUGGCUUGCAGGGUGGCUACGGGGGACCCCAGGGCAGCCCAAUGCAGCAUGCAUUUAGGCAUGUGUUAAACCAGUGACCGUAAUACCCUUUUACCUGUCUAUCAUCACAGAGGUGUCUAACCUUAGGCCCACGGGCCAAAUCUGACCAGUGCAGGCUGGUGGCUCCAAUUCCAGUGGGGCUGGGAAUCCAUUCCGGCUUUUGGUCAAAACCAGCCAGAUCUCUAACAGAGUCAUCCAAGGUGAUGAACUCAUUUUGGGGAUAGGGGUCAGCACCUUGGACAGCUCCUUUCGAGCGCUGGCUGGUUCUGACUGAAACCCAGAAUGGAUUCACAGCCUCACCGACAUUGGAGCCACCAACAUCUACUGAAUCUGACUAAACCUAGGGGCCAUCUGUGGCCCUCUGGCAUGCCCCCUGCC